GCCGGCGGGCACCGGGGCUGAGAGGCGAGGCGAGGACGGGAGGGGGUCCCUGGAGCGUUCAGCGCCUCCCGCAGGCCGCCAGGCUUGGCCCCGGUGCUUCGGCACCCCUCGGUCCAGGGUCGAGGGUGGGGGAUCCCCUCCUCGGGCAUCGCCGACCGCGUCAGGCACUUGGGCCGGGCUUGGGGGGUAUGUCCCCGGGCCCCGCAAAGCCAUCCCUGGAGGCAAGCGGGGCGGUUGGCAAGGGUGGGAGAGCGCGCGAUGUGAAAACUGGGCAGAAGCGAGAUGAAAGUCGUCGACUCUGUUUGUUUGUCCCAGACCUUUGGGGUUAACUUGCGUGAGUUUUGUGUAUCUGGCCGUUUUUCCAGGGCGAGCGGUGCGUUGCGUUGCUGGAGUGGCAACCCAAGCUCCAGCUCUCCAUCGGUACUGCAGAGCUCGGGCCUGCUGCUUGCAAAGGGUGCGUGAGAGGCCCGGGCCAGCAUGGAGGCUGUUCGGUCUCAUUGCCGGGGUUGUGACCGCCGUGGGGGCAGCCGGACUUUCUGGCCCUACGAACCGCUGAUCGGAGCUGGUGUGUGGGCAGCGUGCAGGCCAGGCAGAGCUUGCAAAGUUGUUGACAAGGGGGAGGUGACUGUGUCUCCUUGGUGUCCCUGGCCCCGUGGACUGGUUCGGGCUGCACGUGUAGCUUGAGACCCCAGAGGACAGUUGUGCCACGAGCUGGCAUGUUUUUUCCCAAGAUUGGGGUUUUGGGUUGUUCAGCAGCCUGGCGGUUUCCACAGCUCUACAGCCGCUCGUGUGGUGUGUACCCGCUUGGGUAGCUUGUGAGGUGCAGGCACUCAAGAGCUAUGGGUUGAUUGCAAUGAAAUAACAUCAUCCACAGUACUAGUUUUUAACGUGAUAGGAGCGUGUGCCAUGUCUGCAAAACCAGACUGAGGCAAUCUGUUAAAACUCUAUACAAUGGCUAUUUUGCAGAGGUGACUUUUGUCGCUAUUGGCCUUGUUCAAACUGGUGGUUAAUUAGAUGUUUUGUGUCCAAUACCAGUUUUAAGUGAUCUUCCCCCCUCUUCUUCCCUGACUUUGGUUUUUGAACAUGAACGUGGUGCCCAGAAAUCAAGAUAUAUAAAUCAGAUGCCGUUGUCCCAGUAAUUGUGACAUUCAGCUUGCAAAUUGAUCUGUGUUCACAAUACUUUAAUCACAAUGGAUAUGACUACAAGAAGUGAGACUUUGUUUUCUGGAUGGCAAGGAAGAAGAAGCUGUGGUCUGGUUUGUCUUUUUGAACUGGCUUUUUAAUCCUGGUUAUUGCUAUCUAAUGUGAUCAAUAUGUAUUGAUCGUGAUACAGUCACAGUGUUAGUGGUUGAUGUGCUUUAUGCUUAGCUUUCUACUGCAGUGUUUUUACGUGUCAAUAUCUGAUUUUAGGUUUGUUUACUCAGCCCUUCCUCACCACAGUAGUCAGUAAUCAGGAAUGUUCUUGCUUCUGUUUCUCUUCUUUCCCCGCCCCUCUCUGUUCCCUUUCCCCAGAAUGAAUGAAAUGAACUUGAGUCCAGUAGGGAUGGACCAGCUGACCUCAUCCUCUGUGAGCAACACCCUGCCGGUCUCGGGGAGUCACUUGGGAUUGGCAGCGUCACCCACUCACAACGCCCUACCAGCACCAGGUUUGCCUGUUGCAAUUCCAAACUUGGGCCCCUCCUUGAGUUCCUUGCCCUCUGCUCUGUCUCUCAUGCUCCCAAUGGGUAUUGGGGAUCGAGGAGUGAUGUGUGGUAUACCAGAGAGAAACUACACCCUACCUCCACCACCAUACCCUCACCUGGAGAGCAGCUAUUUCAGACACAUCCUACCUGGUAUCUUAUCUUACUUGGCUGACAGACCUCCACCUCAGUACAUCCAUCCCAACACUAUAAAUGUUGAUAGCAAUCCGGCAUUGUCAGUCUCCAGCAAUCCCUCGGCCUUAGAUCCCUACCAGCCCAGUGGAACCGUGGGGCUGGAACCAGGGAUUGUGUCCAUGGACUCCCGCACAGUGAACACGCAUGGUGCUCAAAAUCUGCAUCCUAGUGACAGCCACGAGGUAGCACUGGAUACUACAAUCACUAUGGAGAGCGUUUCAAGGGUAACCAGCCCCAUCUCUACAGAUGGGAUGACCGAGGAGCUUACAAUGGAUGACGUAGCUGGGGAUCAUUCACAGAUCCCAAAUGGCUCCCGGAGCCAUGAACCUUUAGCUGUAGAUACAGUGGGGAGUAACUUGACGUCGGACGCUGUGGGACACGGCGGUGUCAUUCCCAUUCACGGUAGCACUUUGGAACUCCCUGUCGUCAUGGAACCCGACCACAUCGCCGGGCGGGUGACAGGAAUAUCGGACAGCACACUAAAUGACUCCAUGCAUACUGUGGCCAUGAGCACCAACUCUGUGAGUGUGGCGCUUUCUACCUCACACAACCUAGCUUCCCUGGACUCAGUAGCCUUGCACGAAGUGGGCCUCAGCCUCGAGCCGGUGGCGGUGUCUUCCAUGAAUCAAGAAGUAGCCAUGGGGCCAAGUCACGUGGAUGUGUCUGCAGACAAUCUUGCCUUCGUACCAUCCUCUCUGCAAAUGGAAGACUCAAAUUCAAACAAGGAGAACAUGGCAACCUUGUUUACCAUAUGGUGCACACUGUGUGACAAGGCAUAUCCAUCGGACUGCCCAGAUCACGGGCCUGUCACCUUUGUCCCUGACACCCCAAUAGAGAGCCGAGCCAGGCUUUCUCUCCCUAAGCAGCUCGUCCUCCGGCAGUCAAUCAUGGGAGCUGAAGUGGGUGUGUGGACACGAGAAACCAUUCCUGUAAGGACUUGUUUUGGACCUUUGAUCGGGCAGCAGAGCCAUUCUCUGGAGGUGGCUGACUGGACAGACAAAGCAGCUAGUCACAUCUGGAAGAUCUAUCACAAUGGUGUCUUGGAGUUCUGCAUCAUUACAACUGAUGAAAAUGAAUGUAACUGGAUGAUGUUUGUACGCAAAGCCAGGAACCGGGAAGAGCAGAAUCUGGUAGCUUAUCCUCACGAUGGAAAAAUGUACUUUUGCACCUCUCGGGACAUCCCACCUGAACACGAGCUUCUCUUUUACUACAGUCGGGACUAUGCACGACAGCUUGGUGUCCCCGAACAUCCGGACGUGCACAUCUGUCACUGCGGAAAGGAAUGCGCUUCCUAUGCGGACUUCAAGGCCCAUUUGAGCAGCCAUAUUCACAACCACCUCCCCAGUCAGGGGCACAGCAGCAGCCAUGGACCAGGCCAUGGCAAGGAAAGGAAGUGGAAGUGCUCCAUGUGCCCGCAGGCUUUCAUCUCCCCUUCCAAGCUUCAUGUCCACUUCAUGGGGCACAUGGGCAUGAAGCCGCACAAGUGCGAUUUCUGUAGCAAAGCUUUCAGUGAUCCUAGCAACUUACGGACACACCUCAAGAUACACACAGGUCAGAAGAAUUACCGCUGUACCCUCUGCGACAAAUCGUUCACCCAGAAGGCUCACCUGGAAUCGCACAUGGUCAUCCACACAGGGGAGAAGAAUCUGAAGUGCGAUUACUGUGAAAAGCUCUUCAUGCGGAGGCAGGACCUCAAGCAGCACGUACUCACUCACACGCAAGAACGGCAGAUCAAGUGCCCCAAGUGUGACAAGCUGUUUCUGAGGACAAAUCACCUGAAGAAGCAUCUCAAUUCACAUGAAGGAAAGAGGGACUACGUCUGUGAAAAAUGCUCCAAGGCUUAUCUAACCAAGUAUCACCUCACUCGCCACUUAAAAAUAUGUAAAGGCCCCACAUCCAGCCUGUCAGCCCCAGAGGAGGAAGAGGAGGAGGAUUCAGAGGAGGAAUUAAUAGACUCUAUGAGGACUGAAGACUGUAGGAUUAACAAUGGAGUCUAUUCAGCAGGUGAUUCCCUCUCUGGACACAAAUGAAGAGAAGAGAGGGGGAAAUUUUCUCGGCUGUUAAAACUGGGGAAGGAAAAGAAUAACUCAUCCUUGUUUCCCCAGUCAACAGCAUAUGUGAAAUGAGGCAUUUUCCUCCUGUUUUGGUCUCCGCACUACCACCGCUUAAUAAACUCUGUAGCCAAAACACUGAACAAGAAUGGAUCACGCACCUACAAGUAAACAGUUGCCAAGAAGGAAAUAUGAGGCAAGAUUUUUUUCACGCGCACCGUGCAUACGUCUUUUCCAAAUCACUCAGAUAAUCCAUCCAGUGUGGGGAUACAUGACCCACCUUGCAUAGCCCUUGGAGUAAAGAGCCACAAACCAGAAAUGUAGCCAGGUGGUUGCAGUGACCUGUAAGCCAACUGCCCUUAACUGCCAAAGCUAUGACAAUAAGAAAAACAAAAAAACAGUGGUGGCAGUCAGUGCAUUUUCUUAAAUAGUUUUUAACUGAGGGAUGUAGUUUGGCACAGAGCAAAGGCUGUCUAACAAUAAAUUAAAAAAAAAAGGAAAAAAGCUUUGGUUAAUUUAAAAAAAAAGUGCCCAUGAAAUCAGCAUUUGCAGACAAGGCAAUUACCCCACUACAAAAAAAAACACACCACAAAAAUUGGGUUUUGGAGAACAGUUUUGCCUCUUCGCACGCUAGUUCACUAGAGUUCAUUACUCACUAGUUCUCAUUACCGGAGAAUGUAAGCAGGUAAAGAGGUAAAGACUGUAUAGACUCCGUGAGGAAGAGGCUUACAGAUGAUCAGUGUUUACAGUAUAUGUUACAUCUUGUGCUGUAAACUUUUUGCCACCUAGAGCGAUGGGAGGGUUUGCUGCUAAUAUUAUUUAUGGAAUGAAGAUGUAUUUCAUUCUGUUGUCUUCUUUAAAAAAAUUAAAAAAUGUGGCUCUUU